AUGAUAAACAACAAUUUCAAUCCUAUAGAUUUAUCAAAUACGGACUUAGAAACAUUAGUAUAAAUUGUAUAAGGAAAAACAGAAAAUGAAUGGAAAGCUUAUAGAGAUUCUUAUUUUUAGAAGUUACAAAAGGUAAAAGAUUGGUGGGGGAAAGAAAUUAAGGCUUAUAAUGAAAAGUUGAAAAAAGAAAUGAAAGACAAUUUGCCAUUAGAAAUUAAAGGAAAAUAAAAACAAAAUGAAAUAAAAUUACCUUUUUAAUUCAAUCUUAAACCAUUUAAUUAUUAGAUAAUUUAAGCUAAUUCUAUAAAAUAAUAAGAAUCUUGUGUUGCAGUUGCUAUCAAUUAAGAUUGUUCAAUUGUAGCGGCUGGUUGUAAUACAUUAAUUAAAAUAUAUGAAUUCAAAUAAGGUAUGUUGAAAUUAAAUCAAGUUUUAAAUUAACAUUAAAAUGAAGUCAAUGUACAAAAAACAUUCACAAUCAAAUUUUGUUAGAUAAAUAUAAUUAUUAAUCUUUCAAAAUAGUGCUUGAGGCUACUCCUCCACUUUGUUUCAGUCAAAAUAAUCUUGAUUAAUAGGGAAGAACAAUGA